AUGGUUAGGACCAGGUCGAGGGCUACUAGCCCUGGCCGUCAGGGAAGCAAAGGCGCUUCAAGUGAUCCCCAGCGUGAUCGCCAAUCUGCACCAGUCAUGCAGACGUCAUCCGUUCAGAAUAUGCAAUCCAUGGCGGCUGCAAUGGCGGAAUUGACUCGCCAAAACCAGGAGUUAAGGAUGAAGAUCACUCAGAGAAGACAGACACGUGAGGAACAUGCAGGGCAGACACAAGGCCAUGAUGACACACAGAAUACUGAGAUUGGAAGUCAGUUUAGAGGCACCACUUCACGGACAGUGCCACACUUAAAAGAGGAGAUGGACCAAAUGAAGAAAGUCAUGGAGGAGAUGAAGGAGAACAUGAGGAGAACGAAUCCUAUAGAGGAUUUGGUCCACAGGACUGACUCUCCUUUUACGGCUUCCAUCAAUGGCCACCCUCUACCAUCAAAGUUCAAACUACCUUCCCUGGACUCGUAUGAUGGGACACGUGACCCCUUCGAUCACAUUGCAACAUUCAAGACAACAAUGCACCUUCAAGGGGUCCCUGAUGAAAUCAUGUGUCGAGCCUUCCCUACUACUCUUAAAGGCCCGGCACGAGUUUGGUUCAGCAAGAUCCCCCCAAGUUCCGUAAGUUCUUUCGAAGAGUUAAGCAAAUUGUUUGUUAACAAUUUCAUCGGGGGACAGAGGCACAAGCGCUCUUCGUCCAGCUUACUGACCAUAGAACAAGGGGAGAACGAAAGCCUGCGGUCAUUCAUCACUCGCUUCAACAGAGAAGCCCUCAGUGUGGACGAGGUGGACGACAAGCUUCUACUAGCAGCCUUCCACAACGGGAUUAAUUCGGAUUUAUUUAUCCACAAGCUAUACGAGAAGGAACCUCAAACCAUGGCCGAGCUCGUCCAUUCGGCUUAG